GCUCCCGAAGCGAAACCAACGCAACGCACGACUCCCUCCCACUCUACCCUCGUCUCGUGCGCGUGGACGACUCCCUUUGCCUAGCUUGACUCGUGCGCCGCCUACUUUCGCCAAUCGCCAUGGUGCAAGCCGCCUCAACCUCCUCGCGCUUUCUCCGCACAACCCGUCUCCACGGCUCCUCCACCUCCACCACGCCAGCGGAGCCCGCAGCCUCCGCGUAGCCGGCGGCGGCUCCUCCUCCUCUCAUCGCGCUAUCUCUCUCUCUCGGAUUUCAGGAUGUCGAUUUGGCGUGUCCCUAAUUAUGAUGUGUUGGAGAAGUGUACAGAAGAUAUCCUCUCUCUAAUCAAACCAGUGGAGGGUGACCGAAACAAACGAAUAUAUGCAAUUCAGGAGCUGGCAGAUACAAUCUAUUCAGCUGGGGCCUUGAGAGGUGCUUCUGUAAAACCUUUUGGAUCCUUCGUAUCACAACUUUAUGCAAAAUCAGGUGAUUUGGAUGUGUCAGUUGAGCUGUUCAAUGCCUUGAAUCUCCCUAUAAGUAAGAGAAAGAAGCAAGAUACCCUGAGAGAAGUAAGGAGAGCUUUGCAAAAGCGAGGUAUUGCUAGACAUAUGGAGUUCAUUCCUAAUGCAAGAGUUCCAGUCCUUCAGUAUGUGAGCAACCAAUAUGGUAUUUCCUGUGAUAUAUCCAUUAGCAAUUACCCUGGUCGAAUUAAAUCGAAAAUCUUCUACUGGAUCAAUACUUUGGAUGAUCGCUUUGGUGAUAUGGUUUUAUUGGUCAAGGAAUGGGCCAAAGCUCAAAACAUUAAUGAUCCAAAAAAUGGAACCCUGAAUUCCUAUUCACUUUGUCUACUUGUUCUCUUUCAUUUUCAGACAUGUGAACCUGCAAUAUUACCACCGCUGAAGGAGAUUUAUGAAGGGAACAUCAUGGAGGACAUUUCAGAGAGGGCGUACUAUAAUGAGAAACAUCUUGAUGAGGUUUGCUCCAUAAAUAUAGAAAGAUUCCGGCGCCAAAAUAUGGGGCAAAGAAAUCAGAGCUCUCUUUCUCAUCUACUUGCAUCAUUCUUUCACAAGUUUUUCCGCAUCGAUGCCCUUUCGGAUAAGGUUAUAUCGACUUACACUGGUCGGUUGGAGAGAAUCCAGGACAAUCCAAGAUGGAUGGACAAGUCAUACAGCUUGUUUGUUGAAGAUCCAUUUGAGAAACCUGAUAAUGCUGCUAGAGCAGUCGGUUCCUUUGAGUUCCAAGAUAUUGUCAAUGCCUUCAGCAACGCGAGCAAUAAGUUUGUUUCUGAUGCGCAUGCGCUUACUGACCGAAAUGGAUUAUUGUCACUGCUUUGCACACCUGAUGUUGGAUCAAAACUUGGUGGAAGAGCCAGUGCCAGCCGUUAUACAAAUACCUUACCAGCCAGAGGAGGAAGCAGGUCAGGUCAGAGUCCACAUGGGUAUACUACCAACCGGCAAACUGCAGUGCAUUACCAGAACAAUAAUCAUCCACAGGCAUAUAACACGCAGCGGCAAACAACAGUUCAUCACCAGAACCAGAACAAUCAACAGGUGUAUGCUGCAGGGAGGCAAACAGGAGGUCAGUACCAGAAUACCCAGCGUAGCAAGGAGAACACAUCAUAUCGUCAUUCAAAUUGGCGAGCAGCAACUACAUGGCACGAGCCAGUUUGUGGAUGAUUCUACAAUGGAGAAUGGCAGUAACGCUCUCAGACCGGCCUCACCAUCAGCAUCAGUUGAUCAUAACUGAUGGUCCUAGGAUAGCAACAGAUUAUCUUUAGCUCUUGCCUGACAAUAUGUCAAUAUGCAUCACAUUUCGAUUCCCUUAGGUCUCGACAAACAAUAUGUAUGAGCUCAUGAAAUUUAGCGCAAGUUAUUGCCAGCCAGCUCGUAUGGUUGAGCGAGCCUGGGGCUUAUGUGCAUUUUGAGAUCUAGAAGAUGUAUUGCUGAACAUGCAGCUCUAUCACUUCUGAUGUUCAAUAUAUAACUUUAGGCCAUCUUCCUUCUCCA